AGCUUGAGAAGAAAUGUGCGGUGUACAUGCGACGCGAUGUGUACGGCACCAUGGGACGCGACGGAUUGCCGGUGAAGGAGAAAGUGCUGCUAGGGCUCGCGCUGGUGACUCUGGUUCCGAUACGGGUGGUUCUAACGACGACGGUGUUGGUGCUGACGACGACGGUGUUGGUGCUGUACUACUUGAUUUGCCGGAUUUGCACUCUCUUCAAAGUCCCCAAUCACGAUGAGCAGGAGCAGGAGGAUUACGCGCACAUGGGAGGAUGGCGGCGGGCGGUGAUUGUCCAGUGCGGCCGCGCCUUAUCCAGAGUAAUGCUCGUUGUCUUCGGCUUCUAUUGGAUCAGCGAAACCCAUCGAAUAUCAUCGGAUUCUGACCCCAAACCCGCCGCCCAGGGAAAAGAUGGGGCCGAAGAGAAGGAGCCUGAAAGGGCAGGGGCGAUUAUAUCGAAUCACGUUUCGUAUUUGGAUAUCUUGUAUCACAUGUCUAAUUCGUUUCCGAGCUUCGCUGCCAAGGUUUGCCACUCUCUUCACUUGUUCUUACUAAUUUUAUGGCACCGGAUGUGAAUUUUGAUUGAAAGAUGUUCCAUUUUUAUCUAUCUCGACCUAUUAUCUAUGUAUUGAUUCCCAUUUUUUGUUAUCCUGGAUUUUGUUGGUGAAGAGAUCGGUGGCGAAAGUUAGUAGUGUUAGACCGGGUCGUUAGUUUGUUUGAAGUCUUGUAUUUGGUUUCAAAGACUUCUCUCUUCGGAGUUGGAUAGGCUUAGGACUUUAUGUAAAUAGGGUUUUCAAACCCUGAAUGUAAUCUAUAUAUUGGCUAUAAAUAUACGCAACCCAAGUCUUUCUGGGUAUGCAAAGUUGAUGUGAAGCAACCCUCUUGUCAAAUAUACAAAACCUGCAGUCUCUUUUCAAAGACUGUUUCAUUUG